AUGCUCGUUUGAAGGCGCAUGGGGUUUCGACAGACUUUGAGUCUCGCAACGAUUUUAUUCACUAACCUAUUUGUAGGACUUUUAGCAUCAUUCCUUCGUGUUUCACUCCUGAAAAGAUGGUUGCCGACGUCAAGAGCCCAGCUGGACUUGCUGCUUUCAACACUACUCUCGCCGAGCAGGCUUUUGCCACUGGCUUCGUCUUGUCUGGAGAGGACGCCCAACUUUUCGCCGCUCUCGGAUCCGCCCCAAACGCCUCCACCUAUCCAAAUGUUGCCCGUUGGUACGCUAAUGUAGCUUCUUACACUGAUGCUGAGCGCAAGACCUGGGCUUCCGCCGGAGGAUCAGCUCCAGCUGCCGCUGCUGCUGAUGGAGAUGACUUCGAUCUUUUCGGAUCCGACGAUGAGGAGGAAGAUGCCGAGAAGGCAAAGAUCGUUGAGGAGCGUCUCGCCGCUUACGCCGAGAAGAAGGCCAAGAAGGCUGGACCAAUUGCUAAAUCUUCAGUCAUUCUUGAUGUAAAGCCAUGGGACGAUGAGACCGACCUCGGAGAGAUGGAGAAGCUCGUUCGUUCUAUCGAGAUGGACGGACUUGUCUGGGGAGGAGCUAAGCUUAUCCCAAUUGGAUACGGAAUCAAGAAGCUCCAGAUCAUCACUGUUAUCGAGGAUCUCAAGGUUUCGGUUGAUGACCUCAUCGAGAAGAUCACCGGAGACUUCGAGGAUCACGUCCAAUCCGUCGACAUUGUCGCCUUCAACAAGAUCUAGAGGAAUCUUUAUAUUUCUUGUUAUGUUUUCAUCAAGAUAAAUGAACCCAUAUAUUGCAAAAAAUGUUACAACAUUGAAAGAA